AUAGGGAGACCCUGUCUCAAAAAGACAAAAAACAAAACAAACAAAAACAAUCCUAAGGAGGAAGUGGGCUUUGCUGCCUUUGAGAGACACAGGGUAAUGAGUGUGCCAGUAAAACUGACCAUCUCAUCUCCUCAGUGGCCCUGUGCUUCCUAGGACCUGUCAGUGAUUGAAGGCACGGGUCAAUCUGGUCCUGAGUUAACUGCUGGAACCAGCUGUCCUCAGUGUCUUUGUUUAUGUCCAGAAAUUCUGAGUGUGGCCACUUUUCCUUGACCAGAUAUAAUUCAGAGAUCUGGUCACUGAGAGUCACCUUGUUGCAGAGCUACUGGGAUAGCUCCAGAACCCAGAAUUGGAAGCCACUGCAGGUUCCCAGCCUAGAGGGUUUUGCAGCAGAAAGGCUUUGUGGUGGUGGCCUUGUGGCUGUGUCUAUGGGCUUCGUCUGGGAGGGCUGGAGCAGUGGAGCAGUACAAAGGAAUGGCUGCCAGUGGCCACUGAUAGCAGUCUCCUCUUCUCUACAAUCCUCCCAACCCUGAAGCAAAAGGUUGCUGCUGGAAAUCUGGCUCUGGUUGGAGGAAGAACUUAAGAAAGCCUGGUUGAUGGCCGUAGAGACAAAACUGUGUUUAUCCAGGAAAGUCAGACGUAGGCAGCAGAGGCCCCUGCCAGCUCCUCCCUGAAAGACUGGGCUGGGGGAGCAAGCUGGAGAGGAAACUGCUCCCCUAGGGCUCUGCACGCCUAGCGGGGGCCAGAAGCCAAAGGCCGGAAUCCAGCUGCUGUCCACAGGUAAAGUCUGCACUGUGGGAGCACGACGGAGCCGGACAUGGGUUCGGACUCCGGGACAGAAUACGGGAACAUUCAUUGCUCCUGGUGACUCGGUAGGGGUGGAGGGAGCACACUGCGGAGAAGCCUUCCCCAGCCCUCACUGGGGGUGGUGGAGAGUCAAUGGUGCCUUUGUGCUCUGAGAUUUCCAAGGCAGAAAGCGUGGAGAGUGGGAGGGGCGACCCAGCGGCCCUGCUUCCCCCGCUAAGCCCGGCAGACUCCCCGCCGCCCGGCUGAGAAGCUAGGGAACCCACCGCCCGAGACUUCGCCCUGUCUCUCCCCGGCUUAAAUACAAGCCUUGCGCCCCACGAGUGUCGGACAAGGACGCGGUGCCAGACCGCCCGGUGUCCGCUCACAGCAUCACCGACCUCCGCAUCCUCUUCUCGUCUCCUAGUGCCCCUCGGUCCAGCGCUCCCAACUGGGAGGCUGGACUUGAACCUUCUCCGGCCUGCGGCGUUCUGCGCAUCAUUACCUCUACCCACUGCAUGUGGCUCUUGGAGAAAGCUGGCUAUAGGGAGCGGACCGCAGAGCCCCGGACGCGCCGGGCGCCCUCCAGCCUGUUCCCUAAGCUCGGGGCCCCGGGCUCGCCUUCGCGCGCCUACCCCCACGUCCUCACCCCCGACCGUAUCCCCCAGUUCUUCAUCCCGCCUCUGCUCCGAGAGCCGGGAGGCUCUGAGGCCCGGGCGGGGCGGGACCUGGGCGAGCGGAGCCUCCCCACCGCCUGCUCCCUGCCGCACCUGGCUGGCCGCGAGGGCUGGGCCUUCCUGCCCGAGAGCCCGCACACGCGCCGCCGCGAGUCCCUGUUCCACGCGCCCCGUGGCCUGGCCGCAGGACUGCCCCCCACGCAGGCCCGGCUGCACCUCUCGGCCCCGGACCUGCGCCUCUGCCGGGCGCCCGACAGCGACACGGCCUCCUCGCCGGACUCGUCGCCCCUGGGCUCCCCGCACGCGGCCCGGCAGCGCCCGGUGUGCCCCGCGGAGGCCGGCUGGGACCGCAGCCCGCACGCGCCGCGCCGCGCGCCGCCGCUCUUCCACCUCGACUUCCUCUGCUGCCAGCUGCGGCAGACCAAGGAGAGCGUGCUGCGCCUCGGGCCUCGCGGCGGCCAGCUACGCCUCUCCACCGAGUACCAAGCUGGGCCAGGGCGGCUGCGGCUGCGCCUGGUGAGCGCAGAGGGCCUGCCUCGGUCGCAGGCCCGCCCCGGGAGCGGCGGCGGCGGCUGCUGCGUGGUGCUGCGGCUGCAGCCCCGCGUUAGGCCGCGAGCCCAGCGGAGCCGCGUGGUCAAGCGCAGCUCCAAUCCCAUCUUCAACGAAGACUUCUUUUUCGAAGGGCUCGGCCCGCCAGACCUGGCCGCCCGCAGUCUGAGGGCCAAGGUGCUGGACCGGGGAGCCGGGCUGCGCAGGGACGUGCUGCUGGGGGAGUGCGAGACCCCCCUCGUCGCCCUGCUGCCCCCCUUGGGUGGGGGGCCAAGUCCAGCGUCCUCCCUGGUGCCUGCUCAUCUCACCCUUUAGACAGACACGUCAGCUUCCCUAC